AUGGAUUUCCACGAAAGAGCGCCUUCCAUAGGGACUGUGCUGUUAGACCCCACUUUCCCUGUGACACAAGCAUGGCUGCCUUUGGCUCACAAGAUCAGUGAAAUAAUCCACAGAGUAGACACAUGCACUGCUGAAAUUAAAACGAAGACUCACAUCAACAGAAUCACUCAAGACUGCCUGCAGCUGAUUGCAGACAGCGACACACCGACCAUACGCAAAGGAUCAUACACAUUUGUACCAUGGCUUCUCAGCUUUAAAAGAGGACGAGCCCUGGAGGAGAAAGAGAAUAAAAUAGUGGUGAAGGAGCCCGGUUACUUCUUCAUCUAUGGUCAGGUUUUAUACACUGAUAACACUUUUGCCAUGGGACACCUAAUACAGAGGAAGAAAGUCCACGUCUUUGGGGACGAGCUGAGUCUGGUGACUCUGUUCCGCUGUAUUCAGAAUAUGCCUGAGACACUACCCAAUAAUUCCUGUUAUUCCGCGGGCAUCGCGAAGCUGGAAGAGGGAGAUGAGAUCCAGCUGGCAAUCCCACGGGAGGACGCGCAGAUCUCUCGCGACGGGGACGGCACGUUUUUCGGCGCCCUGAAGCUGCUGUGACCCAAGCAUGCCACAGUGCUCACUCCUCCCUUCCCUCUCCCUGGACCUCUACGGAGAACACUUAACUGAAAAUACCAAAAGGGGAAAAAAGUCCUCACCAUAGACUUUUCUUGAGCUGUUUGUUUUGGUUUGCAGAAUCUGGUCCAAAACAGGAAAUUUAACAGACAACCACAGCCGAAGCAUGUCAUGUGACUUACAAGAAUCCGAAAGAUAGAACCAGAAAGCCUGUCAUGAUGAUCCUGCAUCCAGCAGUGUGAUUGUCGUGUCUCUUUUGGGGAAAGAGCGUAGUUCGGAGGGCAGUGAUGUGUUUUUCAAAGGUGACAGUGCCAUACUCUGAGACAUGUACCCGUGUCUGUGGGGCAUUCAGACAUUUGUGAGAAAUCUCAGGAUUCCUGUUCCCUUUUCGUGCUAAAUGUGCCCCUCUCCUUUUUACCUACUAUCAUGACAAGUUAAAAAAAAUCUACAAAUCUUGUAUUAGGUACAUGAAAAAUACACAUUUAUGUAGUGGUUAAAAGUUAAUUUUAAAAUUCUAAAUUCAAAUAUUAUACAAGUGGACUGAAAAUAAGAUAUGAGUACUAUUUAAGCCUCUCUGGUUUAGUUCAAGUUGUUGAUUUUUAAUCAAUAAUAAUAACUGAUAUGAGCUGUUUUUCACAGUAAGGUAAGAGUUUCCUCAUUUUUAUAUGCGUAUAUAGUUUCCUAUA